AUGAACCCCGAGAAUCGUUACCCAGUGACCGCCUCAAUGUUCAUGUUGCGGGAGAUAAAGCAUCGACAGGAGCAAGUCCAGCGCGGCUACCAGCUGCUCAGACGCAAGGCUGAGGCGUUGAGGCUGCGCGGGAGACAGGCUACAGCAGAACUGACGUCUACGCAGGCCAUAUUGAGCCACACACUGAGGGAGGCAUAUAUAUCCCUGGCCGCUGUGAAGUUCACCAACGGCGAGUCUAACGCAUUAGUUCUAGAGAAUAUAGGCGAGGCGCAAGUAAGGGUUCAACGUGUCCCAGAAAAUAUAUCUGGUGUAGCGACAAUGUCUCUUCUACCUCUCGAAGACGUAACGGCGAGUGAUACUCUGCGCUACGCCGGUCUUGGCGCUGGCGGCCAUCGCACCAGUGAGGCAAAGAAAGCAUUCCGUGAGGCAGUACACAUACUGAUCAAGUUUGCAUCCUUGAGGAACACCUGUAUAUUACUUGAUGACGCUAUACGGUCUACUCUCAGAAAAGUUAACGGCAUUGAAAAGAUUAUCAUGCCAAAACUACGUAACACUGAACAUUACAUUUUAAUGGAAAUGGGUGAAAGGGAGAGAGAAGAAUUCCAUCGAUUGAAAAUGUUGAAAGCCAAGAAGACGCGAUCAAAAACUUCCUCUACGCGACCUUCCCGUCACGGAGAGGAUAUUGAUGAAAGUAGUGAUAAGUCUAGGUCCAGCUCUCCUCCGUCGUCACGCAUCCGAUCUCUGGAAUGCCUUACCAACGUCAUGUAUCCUUGCUCAAUAGCAUUUUCUUCUACUACUGACUCCAUUGGGGACUAUCAACCAAUCUGCUACCCCCACAAUUGGGAUGAUGAUGACUUGCUCUUCUAA